AUGGUACCAACAACUAAGUUGUUUUCUGCAAAUAGUACUACUCAUUUCUCUAACAAAUUUUCAUACAAAAUUAGAUCAAAGAAAACUAGUCAAUCAACAUUAGGAAUUGAUCAUGGCAUUGGCAUGUCUUCCUCUUCUAUUAAAGCAUUGAGUGAUCAUCAAGGAGAUGUUUUAGCUAAAAAUGGAAUAGGGAUUGCCGACUUUUUUGAAGCCAAAAACCUUCUUGUCACUGGUGUUACAGGAUUUCUUGCAAAAGUUUUGAUUGAAAAGAUGCUAAGAACAACACCAAAAAUAAACAAGAUCUACCUCCUUGUUAGGGCAAAGGAUAAGGAAGCUGCAUUUGACAGAUUAACAACUGAAAUAAUAGAGUCAACAUUAUUCAAAUGUCUAAAAGAAAUGCAUGGGGAAUCUUAUGAGUCAUUCAUAAGGAGUAAAUUGAUUCCUGUGGUUGGAAAUAUUCAUGAGCCAAACCUUGGUAUGGAUAGUAUUAUUUCUCAACAAAUAGCUCAAGAAAUUGAUUUGAUCAUUGACUCCGCAGCAAAUACCACAUUGGACUUGAGGUAUGACUUAGCUCUUGAUGCUAAUGUGAAUGGUCCAUACCAACUCAUGAAGUUUGCCAAGAAAUGCAAGAACUUGAAACUUCUCAUUCAUUAUUCGACCGCAUAUGCCAAUGGAGAAAGAGAAGGUCUACUAUAUGAGAAGCCUUUCAUCAUGGGAGAAAGCAUAACAAAGGAAAAACUGACAUCACAUUCUUCAUCUGCUAAAUUUCCAUCUCUCAAUGCUGCCAAUGAGUUGGAAUUUGUAUCAAAGUUGAAGAAUUCUAUUGAAAAUAAUGAGUUCAAGAAAAUUAUGAAAGAAUUAGGAGCUGAGAGGGCAAAGUUAUAUGGAUGGCAUGAUACAUAUUCAUUCACAAAGGCCAUGAGUGAGAUGGUGAUUGAUAGCAUGAGGGAAGACAUACCAAUAGUCAUUAUUCGUCCCUCCAUAAUAACAACUAGUUAUGAACAACCUUUUCCUGGAUGGAUACAAGGAUUCAGGGUAAUCGACCCUAUAAUUACUUUCUAUGGAAAAGGUGUGUUUCCAAGCAUUUUUGCUGAUCCAAAUUGUCUUAUUGAUGUGGUUCCUGUUGAUAUGGUUGUAAAUGCUACAAUGGCUGCUAUUGCAAAACAUGGAUACUUGCAAAGUCCAGAGCUAAAUGUCUAUCAUGUAGCAUCGUCAUCUGUGAAUCCUUUAUUAAUGUCACAACUUUUUGAGAGAUCAAGUUGA